AUGUAUCAAGCCCUUCUGGGGACGGUUCCGGGGCUUCACCUCGCGGUGGCGGACGCGGAGGUUUCCGCGGCUGCUGCGGGAGCGGCAGGAAGUGAAGCGGCCCGGCCGGGCAACCGCGGCGGCAGAGACAGAGGCGGAAGGGGCGCUGCGGCCACGACGUCGGCGACGGGGCUGGACGAGGGGGUCGAGCACCGAGAGGACUCGCCCGCUCGGAAGCCGGAUCCCGAGCCGGGCGGAUUGGAUCCUCACCAGCCAGGAACUGGCCGCUACCUGGUGCUUCACGAUGAAGAGGAUAAUUCCGAAUCAUCUGCUGCAGAGCAACGAUCAACGUCAAACGCAGCGCCGCAGAGCGUUCCGACGGCUCCUUCAGCAUCAGUCCUUGAAACGGACUCUUCUCCUCCACCUGACAGUAGUAUUACUGUGGAAGUACCUACAACUUCAGAUACAGAAGUUCACAGUGACUUUUAUCCUGUGCCACCUCCCUGCAGUGUUGCUACCUCCCUUCCUACAGACGAUGAAGCGGAGAAGGCCAAAGCUGUUGCCAUGGCAACCGCCGCCGCAGAGACAGCCCAGAGAAUUCAGGAGGAAGAGUGUCGACCGAGAGAUGACUUUAGUGAUGCAGACCAGCUCAGAGUGGGGAAUGUUGCGAUUUUCAUGCUGGCGUUUUUCAUGGCAUUUAUUUUCAACUGGCUUGGAUUUUGUUUAUCCUUCUGUGUCGCCAAUACCAUAGCUGGAAGGUCGGGUGCCAUCUGUGGACUUGGACUUUCAUUGAUCAAAUGGAUCCUUAUUGUUAGGUUUUCUGAUUAUUUUACUGGCUAUUUCAAUGGACAGUAUUGGCUUUGGUGGAUAUUUCUUGUACUUGGCCUGCUGCUUUUCUUCAGAGGAUUUGCUAAUUAUCUAAAAGUCAGAAACAUGUCUGAAGGUAUGACAGCUGCUCAUAGAACAAGAUAUUUCUUCUUAUUAUAGAGACUGCAUCGACCAGACAUUCUUAUCUUAAACCAAUGUGAAAAUUCCAAAUCAUCUGUAAACCUACAACUUUAAUAGGAUAGAAGGUGACUAAAAGCAGAAGACAAAUUAGUGAAGAGAAGAUAGAUCUUCAGAAUUGAAUGGUAGGCAGGAUGGUUUAUGCUUAAAAGCCAUUUCUGUUCAUUCUCUUAAAUAUUUAAAUUUCAUUUGUUUUGCACAUUUGCAUAUGUGCCCAUGUAAAAGAUUUGCGUAUACUUGAAAGAAACUAUAAAGUUGUAGCAGUAAAGUCCAGUCAUGUUUGCUUAAUCAGUGUUUGAUAUAAUUGAAAGGGGUGAAUGAGAAACAGUCUUCCAGCAUGUAAAUGCCAUUGACUUCUGACCUGACAUUUAGUAUAAUAAAAAUGAAAUUAUUAACCA